AUGAAGUUAACAAACCCACUUUUACUAUCUUACCUUAUGACAUCCACAUUGGCAUCGAAAGAUACAGGUUCUCUCGAUGAUGGUACCGUUAAUUCGGCCCAAGUUAGAGCAGACACCGCUGCUGAAACUGCCUUAUUCGCUACUGUUGCCGAAACAACUGCUGCUACUGCUGGUAUAUCCACUGGUGUGCAAGCAACCGAAGCUAAUUCGCCUGUGGAUUCUGUUACUACUGCACACUCAUAUAUUACAGGACUAGUCCAAACGAGUAAUGUUGUUAGCAAUGCAUAUGCUGUUGAACCAAGUACAACGAUUGUAACAACCGAUGCUCAAGGUCAAACAACUACCCAAUAUCUGUGGUACAUUACCCCUUCUAAUACAGCAGAAUCAGAAACCUCAGCCAUAGAAACAUUGAGUAGUCAUAGUAAAGAAACAACCGAAAUUUCUGUCGCAGCCUCUGUAUCGUCCACUAGAAGAGCAGAUGAACCUAUCACUAUCAUGACGACUACAAACUCUGCAGGUGAUUUAUAUACAACAACGAUAUGGUGGUUACCAUCUACCACCACUUUAGCAGGUGCUGCUACUAGCGGUUCCGACUCGGUGGAAAUAUCCAGGUCUACCAAAUCUGUUCUAUCGACAAGCUAUUCAGAAAGUUUGUACUUGACGACAUCUGGCUCUAAAGUGAUGACUAUGACAAGUACAUACGCCACAACCUUAUUACAAAAAGUUGUUUCCAACACAACUGCCACAGUACAUUCUAAUUCUACCAAUGCCGCACUUAUGUUGCAAGGAUCAGCUGACCUUGGUAUAUAUGUCGCCGCCGCUGCCGCCGGUGUCAUGUUAAUCUUAUAG